ACAAGUGGCUGCGGUCUGCAGCACAAACCGAGAAGCAUGACCAAUGAGCUCUCUCUUGCGCAUGUACUCAGAUUUCAGUUGACAGUGAUCGUCGGUGUUUAUGCGCGACUUUAAAGCUCAGCAGCCCAGAGAAGUUGGUGACCAGAGUGAAAACGGUGCAAGAUGGGAAGGAAGGUGGAAGGAAGCGCGGGCGCAUAGUUUUGAUUUUUUUCUGAGGACGCGGCGCUCGGUGCCAUUGCGCACAACUUCUUAAGUGCAUGCAAACGCACCGCAGCUGAUUUACUCAGUGGACUCUCCUGCGCAGGAGCAGAGAUGGCUGCACAUAUUAGUUCUUUGGUUGUUUUUACACAAUUCCUCCUUUAUUGGAAGCUGACAUGUUGCUUUGAGGUGGAUUUCUGCAUACCUGUUCGCGUGGACCAUCAAAAGCAUGAAAAGCAUGUGCACCGACGCACGGAGCAGAUGAAUGAAAGACAGGUUGUUUUUAGACUCAGUGCAUUCAAACAGGAAUUUUACCUCCACCUCAUGCCAGAUUCUAGUUUCCUUGCAGCUGGCAGCAUGCUGCCUGAGAGCCACUCCACAGCAUCCAACGCCUCUGCAGCCGCUGACCUCAGGGAAUGCUUCUACUCCGGUGAUGUCAACGCAGACCCGGACUCCUUCGCCGCUCUCAGCCUGUGUAAAGGUCUACAGGGAGGCUUCUCCUAUAACGGAAUGGAGUAUUUCAUCAGUCAGAGCAGGAAUGAAGAUGCGCCUGGAUAUGGAAACUCUUUCGACAGGACGCAUGUUAUCCGUCGCCGGAGACGCGCUGCGCACUCAGGUGGCAACUUCACCAGCAGGUGUGGAGUUACACCUGACACCAACUUCACCAUUUCUCUGGAGAAAUACAAGUACAUGAGCGAACUGGAGAUUGAUGGCUUAACUGAAACUGUGUUGAAAUCCUUGGGGAGGUCCAAACGGUUUGCUUCCAUCCCCAGGUUUGUGGAGGUGCUGGUGGUGGCAGAUGAAUCUAUGGCCAAAUUUCACGGGGAUGACCUGAAGCAUUACCUCCUGACCUUGAUGUCAGUAGCAGCCAGGCUUUACAAGCACCCCAGCAUCCUGAACUCCAUAAACAUAGUGGUGGUGGGCUUCAUGGUGAUAAAUGAAGCUGACAAAGGACCGAAGGUUUCCAGCAAUGCUGCCCUGACUCUGCGCAACUUCUGCUCCUGGCAGAAGAAGUUGAAUAAACACAGUGACAAGCACCCUGAGUACUGGGACACUGCAAUACUGUUCACCAAACAGGACCUUUGCGGCGCUACAACCUGUGAUACUCUGGGGAUGGCCGACGUUGGCACCAUGUGUGACCCGAAGAGGAGCUGCUCUGUCAUUGAGGACGAUGGUUUACCUUCUGCUUUCACCACUGCUCACGAACUUGGCCAUGUCUUCAACAUGCCCCACGACAAUGUGAAGGCAUGUGAGGAGGUAUUUGGGAAACUGAAGGACAACCACAUGAUGUCUCCCACGCUGAUUCAGAUAGACAGGAGCCGACCCUGGUCUGUGUGCAGCGCAGCCAUCAUUACCGAGUUCCUGGACAGAGGUCAUGGAGACUGUCUUCUGGACCAGCCUCAGAAGCAGCUAUCUCUCCCUGACAACCUGCCCGGCUCCAGCUACAGUCUGCACCGUCAGUGCGAGCUCGCCUUUGGAUCCGGAUCCAAGCCCUGCCCCUACAUGCAGCCGUGCUCCAAGCUGUGGUGCACCGGAAAAGCCCGCGGACAGCUGGUCUGCCAAACCCGCCACUUCCCCUGGGCAGAUGGCACAAGCUGUGGCAACAGCAAGGUCUGUUACAGAGGUGCUUGUGUUGAUAAGAACAGCACUGUGCACGUCAAGCUGGAUGGCCGAUGGGGGAAGUGGGGUGCGUUUGGAGACUGUUCUAGAAGUUGUGGAGGAGGAGUUCAGUUGGCCAAGAGAGAGUGUAACAACCCCGUCCCUGAGAACGGAGGCAAAUACUGCUACGGCCUACGCAUCAAAUAUCGCUCGUGUAACCUCAACCCUUGUUCUGAAACAGGUAAGAGUUUCCGUGAGGAGCAGUGUGAGGCGUUCAAUGGCUUAAACCUGAACACCAACAGGCUGGGCUCCUCCGUGGUUUGGGUUCCCAAAUAUUCAGGCAUCUCUCCCAAGGACAAAUGCAAGCUCAUCUGCCGUGCCAAUGGGACUGGAUACUUUUACGUCCUGGCUCCAAAGGUUGUGGAUGGGACACCAUGUUCUCCUGACACCUCCGCUGUGUGCGUUCAGGGAAAAUGCAUUAAGGCAGGCUGUGACGGCAAGUUGGACUCUAGCAAGAAGUUUGACAAAUGUGGCAUGUGUGGCGGAGACAACCAGGGCUGCAAGAAGGUCUCAGGAAUGUUCACCAAGCCUAUUCAUGGCUACAACUUUGUGGUGAUGCUGCCUGUUGGAGCUUCCAACAUUGACAUCCGUCAGCGUGGCUACCGAGGAAUGGUCAGUGAUGAAAACUACUUAGCCGUGAAGAAUCGUCAUGGUAUGUACCUCCUGAAUGGAAACUACGUGGUGUCAGCUGUGGAGCGGGACCUGCUGGUGAAGGGCAGCCUGCUGCGGUACAGCGGUACUUCCACAUCUGUGGAGAUCCUUCAGGCCACCAGACCCCUGCAGGAGCCUCUGACUGUAGAGGUGCUGUCUGUCGGCAAGAUGACCCCUCCCAGGGUACGCUACUCCUUCUACAUCUCUAAGGAAAGCAAGGAAGAAAAGACUCUCCGGAAAGAGGAGAAAAGUCACAAAGCACAGAACAGUGUCUUAGCUGAUAGCAACAAAAUAGAGGCUAAGAAGCAGGCGAUGGGUAAGAGGCCUGUCAGUCACUGGGUGACAGGAGGCUGGGAUUCGUGCACAGUGACUUGUGGGAAUGGUCUGCAGAAGAGGCUGGUACAGUGUCAGAGCAUGGAGGGUCGUCCUGCAGCAGACUGUGACAGUGCUGACAGGCCUGUGGCAGUGAGAGCAUGUGGGGACCCCUGUCCCAUGUGGGAUGUUGGGACCUGGUCUCACUGCUCCAAGUCCUGUGGAAGGGGCUUUAAAAGGCGGCCGGUGCGCUGUGUGACUGAAAAUGGUCUGGCUCUGCCCAGAGACCACUGCUCUGGAAGGAGGAAGCCUCAGGAACUGGACCUGUGCAACCUGAAGCCAUGCUAGAGCAGAAAAGACACAGACGGUAGUGAAAGAGAACAUUUGACAUGAACCUUAAUGAUACCAACAGCUGUGUUGGGUGCAAAUACUCACACACAGCCUGACAGGGUCUGAAGGGGUGUCUGUGACGCCGAGAGAGGGAGACAGAGAGGGUCUUCCUCCAUUGUCUGAAAGGACAGACAUCUGCUUACAUAAAACAAAAGAAGGAAAACGGUCUUCUUGUGAACUGUCAAAUCAUCUGUGACAGGUUUGCCUUGUCUACCUCUACCAGGACUGAUGACGAAGCCUGUGUAUAUAUGACAGCCCUUUUCAGAUAUGAGAUACGCAACAUAGCUGCUUCAUCAGGCUGUUACACUGACAACCUUCAAAAAAUGUUUCUUACAGCUUUAUUCAGACAUGUCAAGACUGUUAUGGAAACAGCCACACUAAUAUGCACACCGGAUUUGGCAUGCAGCACACAAGACUAGACAGUACAGGGUGUUAUGUUUAAUGUAUGAGACCCCCACGGUUCUGUUAAGCUGCCUGGUUAUCUCAUUCUAGUGCUCAUCCAGAUAUGACCGGAACAUUUAAUUUGCCUUCAGAAGGAAAAGGGAUUCAUGUCUGAAAGGAGCUAGAAAGUAACAGAGCAGAGAGCUGCAGACAGUGAUCACACAUCCAUAAGGUUUAUGUAUAACCACAGAGGAUGAAAGACAAGGACAUGAACGUUUGUGAGAUUCAACCUCAAUACUUGUGCUGUGCUGAUAUUUCACCUGUGAACCGACAUUCUUCUCAUGUCACUGACAAACUGAUCAAAAUGUGAAACACAGUACUGUAUCUGUCACAUUUAAGGCCUGAUUGGUCCAUGCAGUUUCUACAUCUGUUCUUUUAUCUAUUUUCCUUGUUUCUGUGGUGUUAGAAUUCAGUGACCAUACCAGUCAGAUCAGCUUUACAUCUCUGCCUGUCAACAAUGGAUCCUACGCACAUGAUACAAUCUUUACAGAUUAGAUUAAAAUCAAAGAAUUCCUGAAAUAAUGACCAAAAACUAAAAAAUAUUUUUAAUAAUAGGAAAAUUAGUGUAGUUCAUGCUAAGCUGCUAGCAUAUUCUUUACAGUGAAUGUAGUCUGCUUGUACGGUGCAGUUGUAAUGUGUACGUGUCUGUUCUAUGUAAAGCAAACCGACCAAC